AUGAUCGCGGCUCAGCUGCUGGCCUACUACUUCACCGAGUUGAAAGAUGAUCAACUCAAAAAGAUCGACAAGUACCUCUACUCCAUGCGGUUGUCGGACGAGACGCUCAAGGACGUCAUGAACCGCUUCCGCCGAGAGAUGGAGGACGGCCUUGGCCAUGGCACCAAUCCCACCGCCACCGUUAAGAUGUUGCCCACCUUCGUCAGGUCCAUCCCUGAUGGAUCAGAAAAGGGAGAUUUCAUAGCGCUGGACCUCGGGGGAUCAAACUUUCGGAUCCUAAGAGUCAAGGUGACCCAAGAUAAAAAGCAACCGGUCCAAAUGGAGAGCCAGGUCUAUGAGACCCCCGAUGACAUCAUUCACGGAAGUGGGACUCAGCUUUUUGACCACGUGGCAGAAUGCCUUGGUGACUUCAUGGAGAAACAAAAGAUUAAGGACAAAAAGCUUCCUGUUGGAUUCACCUUCUCUUUUCCCUGCGCCCAAAGCAAACUGGAUGAGGCCGUCUUGGUGACAUGGACAAAGAAGUUUAAGGCCAGUGGUGUAGAAGGCAUGGAUGUUGUUAAACUACUCAACAAGGCCAUAAAGAAACGGGGGGACUAUGAGGCCGACAUAAUGGCGGUAGUAAACGACACGGUUGGGACCAUGAUGACGUGUGGCUUUGAUGAUCAGCGCUGCGAAGUGGGCAUCAUCAUAGGUACAGGAACUAAUGCUUGUUACAUGGAGGAAAUGCGUCAUAUCGACCAAGUGGAGGGCGACGAGGGUCGAAUGUGCAUCAACACUGAGUGGGGAGCAUUUGGGGAUGACGGCUCCUUGGAGGACCUCCGCACAGAGUUUGACCGCGAGAUCGACAGGGGGUCCAUCAACCCAGGAAAGCAGCUUUUUGAGAAGAUGGCCAGCGGCAUGUACAUGGGAGAGCUGGUGCGACUCAUUCUGGUGAAGAUGGCCAAAGAGGGUCUGCUGUUUGAAGGACGUAUAACCCCUGAGCUCCUAACAAGAGGAAAGAUUGAGACCAAGCAUGUGUCUGCCAUUGAGAAGACCAAAGAAGGGCUAAAAAAGUGCAUGGAAAUCCUAACGAGGCUUGGGGUGGAACCCUCUGAUGAAGACUGCCUGGCUGUGCAACACGUUUGCACUAUUGUGUCCUUCCGCUCAGCAAAUCUCAUCGCUGCAACCCUGGGGGGCAUCCUUUCUCGCCUUAAAGAGAACAAAGGGGUAGCUCGCCUACGCACCACAGUGGGCAUCGACGGUUCUCUAUACAAGAUGCAUCCUCAGUAUGCCCGCCGUUUGCACAAGAUGGUUCGCCGGUUAGUCCCAGAUUCGGAUGUCCGCUUCCUGCUGUCGGAAAGUGGGAGUGCCAAAGGCGCCGCAAUGGUGACGGCCGUUGCAUACCGCCUGACGGAGCAGGCACGACACAUCCAGCAGACACUGGCCGAGUUUAGGCUGAGCAAAACCCAGCUGCUAGAGGUGAAGAAACGCAUGCGAGUGGAAAUUGAAAGGGGCCUCAAGAAGGACACCCACCAGGAGGCCACAGUCAAAAUGUUACCCACAUAUGUCCGGAGUACACCAGAUGGAACAGAAAAUGGAGACUUCCUCGCACUUGACCUUGGUGGGACUAACUUUCGGGUACUUCUGGUAAAGAUUCGCAGUGGGAAGAGGCGUUCAGUGGAGAUGCACAACAAAAUCUACGCCAUUCCUAUCGAGGUUAUGCAGGGCACAGGAGAGGAACUCUUUGACCACAUUGUCCACUGCAUUUCGGACUUCCUGGACUACAUGGGCAUGAAAAGCGCUCGUUUGCCUCUGGGUUUCACCUUCUCCUUCCCUUGCCAUCAGACCAGCCUGGAUGCAGGAAUACUUGUGACCUGGACCAAAGGUUUCAAAGCCACAGACUGUGAGGGCGAAGAUGUAGUUGAGCUUCUGAGGGAAGCCAUCAAGAGGAAAGAGGAGUUUGAGUUGGAUGUGGUUGCAAUCGUCAAUGACACAGUGGGCACCAUGAUGACCUGCGCAUACGAGGAACCCACCUGCGAGGUGGGUCUUAUUGCAGGGACAGGAAGCAAUGCUUGUUACAUGGAGGAGUUGCGAAACAUCGAGAUUGUUGAGGGUAACGAAGGCCGGAUGUGCGUCAACAUGGAAUGGGGAGCGUUUGGAGACAACGGCUGCCUGGAUGACAUCAGGACACAGUAUGACCAAGCGGUGGAUGAAAACUCGCUCAAUGAAGGCAAACAGCGAUAUGAGAAGAUGUGCAGCGGCAUGUACCUGGGAGAGAUUGUCAGGCAGAUUCUGAUUGAUCUCACCAAACGUGGAUUUCUUUUCCGGGGACAGAUCUCCGAAACGCUAAAGACUAGAGGCAUCUUUGAGACAAAGUUCCUGUCUCAGAUUGAAAGCGAUCGUCUGGCACUGCUGCAGGUCAGGGCCAUCCUGCAGCAACUGGGGUUGGACAGCACCUGUGAUGACAGUAUCAUCGUCAAGGAGGUGUGUGGCACAGUGUCCCGCCGUGCUGCUCAGAUCUGCGGGGCUGGCAUGGCGGCGGUAGUAGACAAAAUCCGAGAGAAUCGGAAACUGGACCACCUGGACGUGACUGUGGGCGUUGACGGAACGCUCUACAAGCUUCACCCACACUUUUCACGGAUCUUCCAGCAAACGGUGAAGGAGCUCUCCCCCAAAUGCGACGUCACCUUCCUGCUGUCAGAGGACGGCAGCGGCAAGGGAGCCGCCCUCAUCACAGCAGUGGGCUGCCGUCAGAGGGAACAAGAAGCUCAGCAGCAUUGA